GUGCGUUGUCUUGGUUGCAGCCUCAAGCCACGAACAAACACGCGCGCAUGCAUUCACCACGCAGACCUCAAGCCACCAACAAGCAACCAACAAGCAACCAGCAAGCCAAGCAAGCCAGCAGCCACCCACCAACAGGACCAAGGAGCAAAGAGCAGAGGAGACCAGCACAAUGAAGGUGAGCCCGAUAGUGGACGCGACGGAGCCGCAGCCGUUGUCGCAGCCGGAGGAAGUGGUGUUGGCAAUGGAGGUGCCCGCCAAGAAAAGGGCAGGAAGCAAGUCGCGCUCCCCGCUCAUCACCAUUCUCAUCCUCACCGCGGUCGUCGGCGUCGUGGCAACAAGCAUCACCACAGGCGUGUACUACGGGACCAAGUCAGCAUCCUCGUCGUCUUCCAGCCAAGGCGCUGGUGGAAGUAACACGAACAAUGUUGGUGGUACUCCAACCAACGCAACAACAAACGGCACUUCUGCAAGCGACUCAUCCACAACUACGACAACUACGACAACGACAACAACAACCACCACAACGACCACAACGACGACGACAACGACAACGACAACGACAACAACGACAACGACGACGUCGACAACACGUGCAGCUGCGGCCAUGGUCACGUUCCGAUAUGCUGGUGUUCAGCGAAUCGAGUCAACCGCCGUCAACGACGCUGGUAUGGUGUGCAUGGCGGGUACCUCCAACCAGGCCAUCUUUGGUGACACCUUUCAAGGCGACUUCGAUGCGCUCAUUGCAUGCUUCGACGCCACUGACCAGCUCGUGUGGGGCAAGACCUUUGGUACCGCCUUCUAUGACUGGGCAACCAGCGUGGCCUUCGACAGCAACGGUGACCUCCUUGUGACGACUUCUUUCCGUGUCUUUGCGCACCGGAGCGGCGACUUGACGCUGAUGAAGCUUGACAGCGCAACCGGCAGCGAGAUCUGGAGCAAGACUUUCCCACAAGGCACCAGAUCCGCACAAGCGAUUGUCACAGUCGACACUGUGAACGGCGGCCUGCUUUUAUGCGGCGACGUCACCAACGACCGGAAAAUCGACGACACUGGUGCUUCAACGUCAUACUACAAUCCUCGCGACGCCUACGUGAUGCACCUUGACGACGACGGCAACAAGGAGUGGGAGACGUACCUCCGCCACGCGUCCAACGAGGAGUUCCGCGCAUGUACAGUUGGCCCAGACGGCAGCAUUUAUGCCGCCGGCUUCACAACCGGCAGCCUGUACGGUGACACGAACCAAGGUGGUGACAGCGACGCCUUGGUCGUCAAGUUUGACAGCAAUGGCACGUUCCUUUGGGGCAAGACGCACGGUGGCGAUGCCCGGGACCAGUUCUACAGCAUUGCCGUGUCGAGCAGCGGUGAAGUGUUUGUGGCCGGUGUAAGCUACAGCAGCAGCGCGCUCGGCAACCCGCCCAAAGGGAGUGCAGACAGCGUCUUUGCCCGCUUGAGCGCGGACGACGGCAGCAUCGUGUGGGCAUCCGACGAGCUGGCUACAAGCGGCGGCGACAAUGGAUUCACCGUGCUUGUUGACGAUGCUGGCAACGCCGUGUUUUUCGGCGCGGCCUUCGGCGAUGUUCUCGGGCAAACGCAGGAUUCCGAAGUUGAUCUCGUCGUUGCUGCCGCUAGACCCUCUGAUGGCACAAUCAUGUGGGGCGAGCUUGUCAAAACGGGGCACGGUGCUGGAAGAGAGUACAUGUGUGGCGCACGCAGCAACAACGGCCGCAUUGUUGCUGGUGGCUAUCGUACUGGUGAUGGAACGCUUGACAAUGAGGACAUAGCCCUGGUCCGCUUCUACGGACCAAACCCUUGAGCGUACGGCGUCUGCGGGCGCAUGGUUGUGUGUUUGUCUGCUUGUUUCUUGCUUGUGUCAAUACGCAUGCGUGCUUGCCUGCUUUUGUGCGCGUGUUUGUGUCAUGCGCGCGCGUGUGUGUGAGUGUGAGGGGAAGAGCUUUCUAUCCUGUUUGAAUGUGUUCUCGGCUACGAUCGGCAGCUGCUUUCAUUGCUAUGAAUGGGAAUAUGUGAAGACUAUUUUACGAGAACAACAGUAGCAUACAGAGUACACACGCUACAUCGUGAAA